AUGGAGAAAGCGUCACUCUACUUCGGCUAUACGAUAGUCUUGCUUGCCCUGUUGUUUCACACUCUCAUGCUUCAACCCAACCACGUUGCCAUGAAGACGAGAGAUCUGCGUUGUUGGUGUUCAAGGCAACCUUCUUCACCAGAAAGCCUGAGUGUUGUUACGGCGCCACUUCAGAUGAACCAGCAAAGAUUGAAUCCUGGAACAUGUCGACUAGGAAAACUCAAAGCAACUGCUGUUCUUGGGCUGGUGUCGAGUGUGAUAAGCCUUAACCUCGCCUCCAAUGACUUCAAUUGUCAGAUUCCUUCGGCAAUUGGAAAUCUUGGUUCCUUGAGUCACUUGAACUUCUGCCAGUCCAACUUCAUGGGUCACAUCCCACAUUGGCUCGGAAACUUGACCCGACUUGUCCAUCUAGACUUGGGUUAUAAUUCAUUAAAUGGCACGAUUCCAUCUUCUCUUGGACGUCUUGGUCAGCUGAAUUAUUUAGAUCUAGGGACUAAUUCUUUAACGGGUAAAGUUCCAUCUUUCUUGGGAAAUCUGGUCCAGCUUAAGUUUUUACGUCUAAGGGACAACAUGUUUAUUGGGAAAAUACCAUCCUCGCUCGGGAACCUCGUCCAGCUUGCUACUUUAGAUUUAAGCACAAAUCAAUUAGCAGGCGAAAUCCCGUCUUCCAUUGGAAGCCUAGUUCACCUUCAUUAUAUAGAUCUUGGAUACAACCAAUUAAUGGGCGAGAUUCCACCCUCAUUCCAAAACCUCCUGGAGCUCAGAUUCUUAAUACUUGGGAAUAAUCAAUUGAGUGCCAACAUAACUCACCAGUACUCUACUCUAGGCUUAGGUUCAUGCAACUUAAACGGUUUCCCUGAGUUUCUACGAGAUCAAGAUGAAUUGUUAGUGCUAGAUCUGUCCUACAAUGACAUUUCUGGUCAGGUUCCUGAAUGGUUUUUGAACGUGAGCAGAGAAAACCUGCAAUAUUUGAACCUUUCUGGUAACUUCCUAACAAGUUUUGUUCAAGAUCCCAUUAUUUUCAAGUGGAAAGAACUCGCUAUAGCAUAUCUCAGUUUCAACAAGUUGCAAGGAUCGAUCCCUCAGGAGUUGACGCAACUCACUUCGCUAGCGGUAUUCAAUGUAUCUUAUAACCGUCUGACCGGGCCGAUACCGCAGUGGCGACAGUUUGCUACCUUUGAAAACAACUCCUACAAAGGAAACUCGGGUCUAUGUGGCACUCCUCUGUCUAGAAAAUGCGGAGAUCCCAAAGCGUCGCCGCCAUCAUCUCCGACGUCCGAAGAAGGUCGAGAUUCGGGGAGUGCAAUGGAAUUAGACUGGAAGAUUGUGUGCAUGGGGUAUGCAAGUGGGUUGGUGAUUGGAGUGGUCCUCGGGAACUGCUUGAUCACAAGAAGAAGGGCUCAGAGACUUGUGAAGAAUUUUGGCGAGAGAAAACAAAGGCGAAGAAGGUAGAAGAGAUGGUCCGAAUUAGCCGAGGAAUUCUUGACUGAAAUCUAUUGUCUUCUGUGUUUGUCUUAAGUUUGUCUGCUGCUAUAUAUAUAUAUUAACUAGUCCAUACGCAUUUUGAAUAAAGCCUUCUGUAAUGAUACAUGAGUGAGACGUAGAUUAGAAAAUAAGAAAGUUGGGUAGAAUGACCGAAUAAAGCAUUCUGUAAUGAUACAUGUGGUUGAGGCAAAUCUUACAAA